AUGAACGGUUUCUUUUCAUUUCAGAAGCAACUGAAGGAGAAAAUACUCCACCUGGCCCGAGAGGAAUAUUUGCGAGUUCGAAAUUUGAUUAAUCGUGGUCUGCUAUCCGAAGAAGAGAUUGUCUGUCUGAAGAAAGAGUAUUCAACAAAACCGCCCAGCUGGAUCCCUCGAAUGCAGAUAAGGAAACCAGUGGAAAAAUCUCUACGCCCGUACACAUAUAUCCCAGAGAUUCCUGUACAGCAACGUGAAUACGACAGUCUGCACAAUCUGUUGUUUGAUAACGAUGAUGCUGAUGAUGAUAAUGAUGAUGAUGAUGAUGAUGAUGACGAUGAUGAUGAUGACGAUGAUGAUGAAUUCGGUGGCUUUUAUUUUCUUAACUGA